AUGAAGUUGCCGUUUGUUAUUGCCAUAUGUAUCGUGGGUUUAGAUUCAAGUUGGGCGACGUCUACGGUGGAUCCUGUAGCUUAUAGUGAAGAUGGAGUUAGUUUAGCUACUGAGAGUGACAGGUCAGAUGAUCCGCAUUCGAGUAAAGAUCCAUUUGAUUUUACUGUUGCAUUUCUUCAAGAUGACUAUGACACAGAGACAACUAAUGACUUUAAUACGACGACUACAGUUACUGAGGACUCUACGACCACAGAUUUGUCUAACACAACAACUACAAUUACCACAACUACAACGUCUACAAGCGUUAGUACGACCACGACAACUAUAGUUAGCACUACCACUAUUCAUGUAAGUUAUAUAGUAGGUUAUCCAAAUAUAAAUGGGCCAAAAGUUUAAUAUAGGCCUCAUUUAAGACCUUUUGAAAUAAUUUGGAUAUUUUAUACCAUUUUAGUCUGAAUUUGAUAUAUUUCAGAAGACAACUACUACUCGAAAACCUCGUCCACCAAUUACAACUCCACCCCCAACAGACGAUGUAAGUUAUACAUUAUAAAAAAUCUGGUUUUCCAAAGCCUAAAGACAUUUAAAUUUUUUAUUUUUAGGAUGACGUCCCAAUGACAAUAAUUUACUCGACGAUAGGUGUAGUAUCAGGUAUCAUACUCCUUUGCCUCUGUAUUGGUUGUAUCGUAUACUUUUGUCGGUGUCGUGGUAAAAGGAAAAAGACGACCGAAACAAACACAGAACCUUCGACCGAGCCACUCAUACGACAUCGACCUCACGCUGAUAGUCCACCGUUAUCAGAAGUCACUGGGGAUCACAUCAAUCCGAAUGAUAUUAAGUACAAAGGGCGGUUGGAGAUACCUGAAGUCAUCAUUCCUAUAGGGGUAAGGUUUUUUAUGUUAUGUACUAUGAAAUGUUAAAACGUUAUCAUAAGUUAUAGAUGAAAUUAUAUAUUACUUCCGUAUUUUACGGUACUGCGUAAUACAUAUAGUGCACAUAUAGUACUAUAUCCAUGGUACUUAUUUAUAUGACAAUAGCGUCAGGACGACGAUGAGUUAGAUGAGAACGAAGCUAAUCAUAGUGGCAAGUUUACCCUCAACAAGAAUAUGAUCGAAGCGGUGGAAGUGGGGUCAGAAGUAGAAAAAGUUGGCGACAAAUCACCGCUUCGACGAAGAAACCCCAAGGCGAUUCGAGACUAA